AAUCACUCGAAACAUGAAUCCACUUAAAGGUUUAGUCGUAUUCAGUGCUCUAUUUGUGUCAGUUUUGGCCGACUGUCCCAAUGUUAAAGACGCUGACAUCGCUCCCUGUGUUUGUCUCACAAAUCAGAUCCGAUGUGAGGGCCCGACAGUGACGGACGAUGUGUUGAAAGCCGUUUUGGCCAAAGUAGAUAAGGCCAGACCUAAAUACCUCAAAGAACUUGAAGGACUUGAGCUCUACAACACCAAAGUCACCAAAAUUACUACUGAGAUUUUUGGAAACUUGGUUUUGAAGACAUACAUCAAAUUAAACAACAAUCCCAUCACAAGUCUAUCAUUGGGUAAUUUCCCAGAUCUGGUGCUCUUAGACGCGGCCAACAAUAAGCUAUCGACCGUCGCUUCGAGUCUGUUCUUCGGUCUCAAGAGUUUACGAUACGUUAAUUUGGGCGGCAAUGAGAUCGUGGACUUCCCGAAAGACACGUUCGCUCUGUCGGACAAUCUUCAGAGACUGGACUUAAGCGGAAAUAAGAUCAAGCGAUUGAAUUCGGAUCAGUUCUCGUCGGAGUAUCACAACAACAUUGAACUGACAGACAUUGAUCUGUCCAACAAUGAGUUGACAUAUUUGCCCGAAAAUAUCUUUUGGCCGUUGAGAAGACCCCAGAGAAUCAAUUUGGCCAACAAUAAGCUGAGCGCUGGCCUCGAAGUAAAUUCGUUGAGCUUCGGCGAAGACCUGAUCCAAUUCGAGCCAAUCAAACUCAUCCUCAGUAACAACGGAUUUAAAGACUCGGACCUCACGGACACCACAUUCGCGCCGAUUGUCCGCCAAAAGUUGGCCAUCGAUUUGGAUUUGACUGACAACGCGUUGACCGAUAAGAGCGAUGUUGUGCUCAACAAACUCCUUAAGGCUAACUCGCGAUCAGUGGUCACCAAGAAAUAAAUUCAUCCACUCUUUGUAAAUUAAAAUAUUAUCAUGUGUUUUAUAUUAUACUUAAGAUCGUCUAUAAAAAAAAUACUUUUAUAAAAUAAAUUACAGAUUAAUAUACACAAUAAAAAUGGUUAACAAAAAAUAAGAUUAAA